AUGAGCAAGAAUCUGCUUUCGGUGCCACAAAUCAACAAGGGUGGCAGGUUCCAAGUCGUGUUCGAUGGAUCCAAGAUGCAAGUGAAGCGCAAGAAUUCCACACAAGUCGUGGCGACUGCAGAUCUUGUCGAUGGACUUUACUGGCUGCGGACUCCUCAACGAUCGGCAAAUGCAGCAACACGCAACGGGACUAUAGACUUGCAUGCGCGCAUGGGUCAUGCACCCCUCGAAGUUCUGCGCAAGAUGGUGGCCACUGGCAUGAUCAAGGACGCCAAGGCACCUCUCAACGCGACUGGUCCAAGUGUGUGUCGCGGUUGCCAGCAAGGAAAGAUGGUCCAAAAACCAUUCCCAAACAACCGUGACAAACGCCAAUAUGGUGUGUUCGAGUUGCUGCACUUCGACAUCUGCGGGCCAAUGGAACAAGUCUCGAUCGGCGGCAGCAGAUACUUACUGCUUGUGGUUGACGAAGCCAGCGGCUGCAUGAAGGGCUUCUGUCUGCGGUCCAAGUCUGAGAGUGAAGUCUGUAUCAAGAACCACAUUAUCAAGAUUCAAACUCAGUUCGGCACGAAGAUCAAGUUUGUUCGGCACGAUGGAGCGCAUGAGUUUGCGACCAACUCCAACAAGACCUUCUACGAAGAUCAAGGCAUAGAGCAGCAGGUCACAGUGCCGUAUGCACACCAGACCAACGGCACUGCAGAACGCGCAAUACGGACCAUCGUCACGAUCGGACGCAGCUUGUUGCAUCAUGCAAAACUGGAGAAGUGUUUCUGGGCUGAAGCGGCAAUGACGGCGAUCUACAUCAAGAACCGCCUGCCUUCACCCAAGAUCGACCACAAGACUCCGUUCGAAAUCGUGUACAAGUCGAAACCAAGUGUCAAGCACAUGCGCGUGUUUGGAUGUCGGACGUUUAUCCUGACACCAAGGGAGAAGCGAUUGAAGUGGGACCCGAAGGCUCGUGAAGGGAUGUUCAUGGGCUACGAAGAAGAGUCAAAAGCUUAUCGAGUGUACGACAUUGAGGCGGGCCAAGUGGUGAUCAGUCGUGACAUCACCUUCGACGAAUCGACUUUUGACUUUUCGGUGGACCGACCAAGUGACGAUGAUGAAGAUGCGGAGUUGGACCUCGACCUCCUGGCGAUCAACGAGGAUGACGUGCGUCAAACCGUCUACAAGAAAACUGGCAAGCGCAAGAGUGAAGCAAGACCCGGCAUGUCACGUUCAGCUUGCCCUCGAACUGGGUUGGAACAAGCAAGUGCGCCAGAACACGUCUCCAACCGUCACCAGAAACGAUGA